AUGAGUUCUCUCUUGACCAAUGGCAUGUACUUGCAGCAACAAGGCGGUGGCCCCGUUCAAGGUCAGCAUAUGUUUGGCAGCAUGGGCCCACCUCAGCAGCAGCAGAUGCAGCAAGGCCAGCAGCAGCAGCAGCAGCAGCAAGGGGGGCAAGGUGGGCCGCCAGGCGCACCAGGCAGUCACGGCAAUGGUCAAAAUCUUAGCGAAGCUGGGAUCUCAGCUCCACCAGAGUACUCUUUGGGAGGCGUUUUGCACUUCUUGCAGACCGAGUGGCGGCGCCACGAGCGUGAUCGCAACGAGUGGGAGAUAGAGCGCGCGGAGAUGAGGGUGAGUAGCCGCGCCGCGGCAUGGCAGGCUGGAGAUUCUGCCCCACCGCUCGCCCUGACCAUCACCGCUGCUCACCUUGUACUACUUCACCUGCAUCAGGCGCGCAUUGCACUGCUCGAGGGAGAGCGUCGAGGUGUGGAGAACCUGAAGACAGAUCUAAUGAGGCGCGUCAAGAUGCUCGAGUACGCACUCAGACAAGAGCGGUGAGCGCCAUCGGCAAUUUGUUAGGCUGCUCGCUUGGGUGCGUCUAGGCUCAUCACGAUUUCUCAACAACCGUACUUGCUCCUGCAGCAACAAGUAUCUCUCUAGCGGCGCAGGCAGCACCAUCACUGCCGGCGGUGCUGGGCUGCAGGGCACGAUUUCAGGCAUUCCUGCGACCAAAUUCGCAACGCUUCAGGGCGCUGAUCGACCUGCCUCCUCUAGCGGACGAAGCUCUCCUGCACGACAGGAAUCUGACCGUAAGUGCUGCUGCGGCCGCUGCGCGCACACCACAGCAUGCGAAUCUUUCGGCUCACCAUAUCGCCUCGAUGCAUAUGUGCUCAGCGUCGGCCUCUGCGGAGCCAGCCACACAUCAGCGCGGCGGGUCCACAUUUUCUAUCAACACCUUGAACAUGGGCACGGUGAAUGGCUUGACGCUGAGCGGACCGGGAGCCUCCCUCUCGCGCUCCAACACGACCAAUUCCAAGAAUUCACGGGCACGUGCCAAAGCGCAAGAAUAUCUCAAACAGUGAGCAUAGGGCCGAGACGUUCAAGUGGAGCGUCAAUGAUGGACUAGACUGAGCUUGGAGUGUUACGCUCCUCAUUUCUUUUGUGCGAAGGUGUCUGCAAGAGAUCUCGUAUUUGACUAGCACAUCGACGUUAAAUCCGUUGCCCGACAGAGCUUAUACCGGUACCGGCGGCGGCAGUUUCAGCAUUGUGCGACCUAGGAAAGCUCUACUGGACAACGCACCCCCGUCUGGUGGUACUGCGUUGGAUGAUGGGCUCACUCUAGGGAGUCGCUCCGCGCCUCCAGGCAGAGUUUCAGGGAGGGGUGGCACACUGGGAGCGCCGCGGUCUUCUCUGGCUACGCAGGCAUUGCCGGAAGAGUCGUCCGAAUCCGAGACAGGUAGCGAGUCUCAUCAAGGAGCUGAUCCGCUGGGCGCGACCGGCGACGUGCAAGGCAAGAGUCCCUUGACUGAGCCGCUCCACGCCGCAGCUGCACUUGACGACCGGAUGGCGCCUCCCCCUGCGCCUUCGGCUGGCACCACUGAUCUACCAGCAGAAUAUGGCGCUGAUUUGCCAGAAGACGAUGAGCCCAACCAAGUCACGGCACGAUACAGAGGUGCAGGAGAUCCUGCCGAUGCCACGGCCUCUGACUGGGCUAAGCUAAAGGAAGCUGGGCAACGAGAGAGAGAGAAGCGCGAGAGGCAGCGAAAAGCCCAAGCUGCAGUAAAUGGAGGUGAGACUGCUUCCGAAGCAGCUACCUUGGCGACCACCUCCAGCCAGCUCAAUCAGCUCCUCAAGGUCAACUCUGCGACUCGUAGUGCUGAGGACGAUCUGGCCAACUUGAGCCUCCACGAGCCUGCAGAUGAAGCAGCUGCUGCCCGUGCAGAGGCAGAGAAGAGUACAGCUGAUGACGAGGCGGCGGAACGAUUGUGGAAAUCGAAGCGAGUGCUUCGCAACCAUCUCGAUGCUGUUCGUGCCAUCGCUUUCGACUCCACGGAUGCUAUCUCCGCUUCGGACGACAACACCAUCAAGUUUUGGCACCUGGACCCGGCCACGUUGGACCAGCCAAGCCGGACCGCUGCCGACAACGAGCCUGUCCUCACUUUUCGAGGUCAUACAGCUCCUGUCACCUGCUUGGCAGUCGCGUCUGCCACGCGUCGCAUGUUCAGCGGAUCCAUGGACUCGAGUGUGCGAGUCUGGAAGCUACCUGAGCGGCCCUUCACCCCGUAUCCUCCGUACGAGAAUAUGGAGCUGGCCAGUCUGGCUGGACACACUCAGGCAGUGUGGGACAUGGCUCUAUUGCCGCAGCAAGGGGAAGGGCUUUUGUUGGCUACUGCGUCGGCCGACGGCACGGUGAAAAUUUGGACAACCGACGACAGACCUGCUCUGCAGCUCUCCUGGGACUAUCACGGGACAAAUGACGGCCGGAUAACAGGAGAGGCUGCGGGUAUUGAUGCUACCGAGCGGCCCGUGCCCACAUCCGUCUGCGUCGUGCACUCCGACUUGCGAACCGUGGCAGUUAGCUACUCCAACUCCAUCGUCAAGCUAUUCGAGCUGAAAAGCGGACGGGAAGUGCUCAAGCUGAAGAGCGACAGCACCUACCAAGGGACGCCGGCCAGUCAAGUCAACAAGAUUGUCGCGCACCCAACUUUGCCUUUCCUCGUCAGCGCUCACGAGGAUAGGCACAUUCGUGUCUUCGACCUUGGUACUGGAGACUGCACAUUCGAGAUGCUUGCGCAUCUCGAUGCCGUGACAGCCUUGGACAUCGAUCCUGCCGGUCUGACCCUCGUCUCUGGCGGACAUGACUGCAGCGUGCGUUUCUGGGACAUCAACGGCAUUGCUGGCGGAGCUACAGGAAGCGAAGUAGAGCCGGCAAAAGAAACUUCCAAGGCCGGCUCAUCGCAAGCGGUUUGCGUGCAAGAAAUUACCGCACACCGCCGCAAGUCGUCCGAAGGCGUGCUCGCCGUACUCUACCACCCUAGCGCACCCUUCUUUGCAUCGAGCGGUGCAGACGGUGUAGUCAGGAUCUACGGAUGA